AUGAAAUGCCACAGCGAUGCAGAUAAAGAAUAUUCCAAGGCUUUUUAUAUGUACAUUACAAACAAGAGGCUAACUAUGGAGAAGCCUGCCCAUCCCCACCCCCUCCCCUCUCGCCCGGCCACCGAUUGGCGGCUGCGACGUCAGGUGCCGGCGGAUCCCACCCCCGGCUGCCCGCUGCCCGUCAAUGCCAGAGGACGGAGCAUCGGGGCAGGUAGAGGCGGCUCCGGCUCCGGCUCCGGCAGCGCAGCGCGACCCCCGGCUCCGGCAGCCCGUGGAUUCCCGGCGCGGCCGCCAACCCCUCGCCCCGCUGCCAAGACGCCUCGAGCGGUGCUCCGAGUGAAGAAUGCCGCCUCUAGGGUGGCGAAGCCGGCUCCCACCACCGACCUGGCGCCCUCCGCCUUCCCCAUCCAGCGCUCACAGAGCCGCAUCAGCCUGUCCGCCUCGUUCGAAGCGCUCGCCAUCUACUUCCCCUGUAUGAACUCGUUCGACGAGGACGAUGCCGAUGGAGAUGGUCGAAAGCUACGAGGUGCGAUUCAGCGCAGCACGGAGACGGGACUCGCUGUUGAGAUGCCAAGGAGAACCAUUCGUCAAGCCAGCCACGAGUCCAUCGAGGAAAGCAUGAACAGCUAUGGAUCAGAGGGCAACUUAAACUACAGCGGUGUCUGCCUAGCAUCGGAUGGACAGUUCCGAGAGUUCCUGGAUGGAAUGGGACCGGCACAGUUUGUGGGGCGACAGACGCUGGCAACACCGUCGAUGGGUGACGUGGAGAUGGGGAUUUUGGAGCGGGAUGGGCAGCUGGAGGUGGAGGUGAUUCAGGCCCGCGGACUCACGCCAAAACCAGGCACCAAGGCUCUGCCAGCUGCUUAUAUUAAACUUUACCUUCUGGAGAACGGGACUUGCAUCGCAAAGAAGAAAACCAAGAGUGCACACAAGUCUCUGGACCCCUUGUACCAUCAGGCCCUGGUCUUCAACGAGAGCCCACAGGGCAAGAUCUUGCAGGUGAUUGUCUGGGGUAACUACGGCAGGAUGGAUCGCAAGUGUUUCAUGGGGGUGGCUCAGGUGCUGCUGGAAGAGCUGGACCUGUCGAGCUCGGCCGUUGGAUGGUACAAGCUGUUCCCGACCUGCUCCAUGGUGGAGCCGCCCUUGGCCCCGUUGCUCCGUAACGCCUCCCAGCUCUCGCUGGAGAGCACCGUCGGACCCUGCUGCGACCGCUCCUAACCACGGUGGGUUCCUUGCCAGCCUUUCGUUUCCUGCCAUGCCAGAAGGCAGUCAGGGCUCCUCAUGGGCAGAGGGCUCGUUGCUGCCGCAGAGUGCAUGCUUGACUUGGUCCACUUCCCCGGAGCCCCUUUUGGUCAAAGGGUGACCCUGAGCCCGGCAAUGGCGGCACGGUGGGGGAUGAGGUGAAUGAUGAUCGGCGCCUGGCACCGUGCCCGCAAGGACCAGCUGUAGUUGCAUUCCUCUGCUCCACGUUCACCUCCAAUCACGGUCCGUUUGUUUUUUGCCCAACUUGCGGCAUCUCAUCGUCUCCUCCGCACACCAAGUGUGGACUCCAUCAACCUUCCACCCUCAGAUGACAUCCGUAGAGCAGGUACCAUCGUUCCAUCAACAAGUGUACCUUCAGCCACCCACUGUCAUUGGAAGAGUCCACUUCAUUGGAAAGCGUUUUGAGUAAAGUGUUUUGAUCGCCUGUGUCGGAGACCAGGUGGCGUCCAGAGUCUAGAGUUGAAUGUCAACCCUGUUCACCAGAACAUGCCUGAAAUCUUGCCGUGUCAGUAUUUACUUGGGUAAACAAUAAUUAGCAUCUUCGCUCCUGGAAUGAUAUUCCAGAGAGCUGGAAAAAACACAAAGGUAUCCAUAGGUGUUUUGUCAUCGAUGUUCCAUCGGUCAACAUUUUUAGUUAUCUCAGCACCUAAUUCCACCGAGGACACUUGACACUUUGAUAUCAUUAGAGUUUACAUAAAUAAGUAAAUAAGAUGUAGUUUUCAGUGUUAGUUUAACCUAUAUCAUAACUUAAUGCACUGGUAUAAAAAAACAAAACAGAAUGGCAUUUUUUUGGCAAUAAUAUGUCUUGAGAAACAGGAAGAGUGCCGCAUUGCCAGAGAGAGUGGUCUCAGGGAUGGUGACUGGUUUCACAUCCGGGAGUUUAUUGAAGACAGAGAGUGGAAAGAAACAAGUGGAGGGACUUUGUACAAUAUUGAAGUAGCACAAAGAUGUGUACUAAAAAAAUCUACAAAAAAAAAAGAAAUUGAAAUUCUCCUUAAUUACAGCAAUUUGAAAGUUUUCAGCAUUCUCUGUAUAUUGAGAGAGUAUGCAGUAGUUUAUAGUUUGUAGCAUGCAAGGGCAGUGACAGUAGAUUAAGGCUAUUGGGUACAGCAUAGACCGAGUGUUUAGAACUGUGCCAAUCUUAUCCUUGUCUGCUGAGAAUGCAGAUGAGGUACAAUGUUGGCUGUUCAGGAUGGGAGGAAAAGCUUGAAUCUAAUUGAUGAGGAAGUCUCAUUAAAAUCUCCAUUUGUGUUCCAAGUUAAAUUUUGCUUUGAAAUCUUCAGAAGGGACUUUGAAACGAAGGCCCUAUCCAACCUCAAUCUUCAAAGUUUCCAUUUAAAUCGGGCUAUUCUUAAGAGUUUGCAUUGCAUUUAUUUGCUACAUAUCUGAUUCUAAAAUUAGUUAAAUAAACACAUGCUUUGGAUCAAUUUAUGUAUCUGGCUUCAAAUAAGCCUUCAAAUAAAAUAAUUAUCCACAAUUCCAUAUAAAAUCUAAAUUUAUUUGGAGUAGUUAUGACAGAUGAAUUUAUCAACUACACUAAAUCCUUUAAACAACAAAUAUCAUAGGCUAUUUCUUCCAAGCCAAUAUUUCUAUAUCAAGAACAGUUCUGUUUCACAGGAGCUUAGUUGAGUAGUUGCAAUGCCUAUUAUUAAUUAAUAUUACCAUAUUGUUCUUAAAUAAAUUUCAGAUUAUUCUAGUAUUUGCGCUCAAAAUUAUUUCCCAGUAACUUAGAGAGGGAAGUGUUAUUGUUUGAGGAAGUACUGGAAAGUAAGACUAAGAGUUUCGGGAUCACUUCACUAAGUUUUUAUAUGUUACUGUCACAAUAGAUAUAAAUAAGUUAGAUUAACUUGGCAAAGAGUUAGCCGUGUGCAUGCUUGGGUGCGUGUUAGCCUUGUAGUGAAUUUAAACAAAGCACAUUUCUUAAAUUUCAGACACUUGUAGGUGUUUCAAUGGCAUAGCGGGUGGUAGAUACCAAAUAUGCCUCACAUGUAGCAAUAGAGGAGGAACAGGUCACAUUCAGUGUGGUAGGAAAAAUAUUCUCAAUAAAUGUUGAAAAUGUGAGAAAUGUUAUUUAAAACGUAGGCAUACUCUGCAGUUAAUAAAACCUGGGUUCAGAAUUACUACAAAACCACAAGCAGUUUUGUUUAUAAAAACGGAGACAAUGUUAUAAAAGGGGGUGAUAUAAAAUUCAUUAAGAGCAAUAUUGUUUUCUUAGUUUUGUUCCUGAUUUGUAAAGACUGCUGGUGGUUUUAUAUAGAAAAUAUCAUAAUAAUUUUGAACCCUCAAUUUUUAGUUUUGAAUGUUUGGAACUAUUAGUCGUAGCGUGCAGAGAGUUUUCUGGAUGGAGUUUGAGUUGUUUGACUGGGAUCAGUGGUGAAAUAUACAGUUGACCUGGGCCACAUUCCGUCACUAAAACCAUUUCCAACAUAACGUGCAUUGGGAUGUCUUCAGCAUCCAGCAUUCCAUUCUAUUCAACCUGGAAGCAAAGUCUGCUUGGGCAGAUGGAAGGCAGUCACCAUUUAGUGCCACUGAGUCACCCUAGUGUGACGCGACAUCUAGUUGCAGUUGAAGGGCGGAGGCCCAGGCGGGAAACAUCACGAGUAUAAUAUCCUGCUGGAUUGCUUCACACCUGGACUGCUAUUCUUCCAUUUAAAUUUCACUUCAUUUGGUGUCUAAAUACACUCCCAUUGUUCACCAGCACCAUAUCUCUCCCCACAUGUCCCUGUGAACGUUGUCCCAUUCUGGUCUACUCCAUCUCUCUAAUUUCGCAUCCCAAGUCAGUUGCCCUUUUUUCCAGAGUGCUUGGGUUCCUUCAGCAACUCUCCUCCGGGCUUUGUUUCCUCCCGUACCCCCAGGCUCUACACCGGGGUAAGGCUUUCACUCUGUGUCGCUGCUUUCUCCCUCUUUGCUUCUUUAAGAGGAUGGAUAGAGGCCAUUUGGCCAUUCAGUCUAUUCUAUCCCUGCACAAGAUCAAUCUUUACCCCCCUACCCUCCCUCCCCGUCCUCUCCCCAUUGUUCUGUAGUUAGUUCCAUCAUGAGAAUGGUAGACCACUUCCUUUACCUUUCAACAAGAUCAUGUCAUGAGAUCAUAAGAUCAUGAGAUUCGUCCCAGAAUUGCCCCAGUGAAUCUCCCCUGCACUGUUUC